AUGAGCUCUAUUGCGAUACCUCUGAGAUCACUCUUGCAAAACCCAUCCACCAUAAAAUCAAAACACCACGCUAAGCAACUCCAUGCCCAGGUCCUGAAAACUGAAGGUUCUUCAUCCUCUCUUAUGGCUACCAUUCUUUCAAUUUACUCACAUUUAGGAUUUUUACAUGAAUCACUUAUCAUUUUCAACACUUUUACUUCUCUUCCUACCGUUAUUGCAUGGAAAUCAAUCAUUAGAUGUUACACUUACCAUGGUUUAUUCGAAGAUUCAUUGACUUGUUUUUCAAAUAUGAGGGCUUCAGGAAAACACCCAGAUCAUAAUGUAUUUCCUUCUGUUCUUAAAUCUUGUACUGGUUUAAUGGAUUUCAAACUUGGUGAGUCUGUUCAUGGGAGUAUUAUCAGACUCGGUGUUGAUGCUGAUUUGUAUACAGGUAAUGCUCUUAUGAACAUGUAUUCUAAAUUCCAAAGUAUGGAUGAAGGUUUUGAUAGUCAGAGGUUUAGUUCUGGGAGUGUAGACUUAGUGUAUGAGAAAAUUCCUGAAAGAAAUUUUGAGAGGAGUUUAGAUAGUGAGGUCGAUAUAGAAAAGGACCCUCAUCCUAGGUCCUUAAAAGUUCUUGGAAAAAAUCAGAAUCAACUCUUGGUAAGUGGUGGUGUUACUCCGCGGCGACGGAGAGAUAUGGUUUAUAUAGAGAGUGUAAAGAAAGUUUUCGAUAUGAUGCCCCAUAAGGAUAUUGUGUCUUGGAAUACUGUAAUUGCAGGGUAUGUACAUAAUGGAAUGUGUGAAGAAGCUUUAAGAACGGUUAGGGAGAUAGGGAAGACUAAUUUAAUGCCAGACUCCUUCACUUUGUCUAGCAUCCUUCCUAUAUUUGCAGAGUACGUAGACAUCUCUAGAGGAAAAGAGAUUCACGGGUACACACUUAGACAUGGAUUUGAUUCCGAUGAUUUUAUAGCUAGUAGUUUGAUUGACAUGUAUGCAAAGUGCACUAGAGUGGAUGAUUCACUUCGAAUUUUUCAUUUAUUACCUCAACUUGAUGUGAUCUCAUGGAAUUCUAUUAUUGCUGGAUGUGUGCAGAAUGGCUUGUUUGAUGAAGGUCUGAAAUUGUUUCGUCAGAUGCUAACAGCAAAAGUUAAGCCUAGUAGUCUAACAUUUUCAAGUAUAAUGCCAGCAUGUGCUCACUUGACGACCCUGCACCUUGGAAAGCAACUUCAUGGGUACAUAACUCGGAAUGGGUUUGAUAAAAACGUGUUUAUUGCAAGUGCUUUAGUGGACAUGUAUGCCAAAUGUGGGAAUAUUCGAAUUGCUCGAAGCAUUUUUGAUAAGAUGGAUUCACCUGAUAUGGUUUCAUGGACGGCCAUGAUCAUGGGGUAUGCGUUACAUGGGCAUGCAAAUGAAGCCCUGCUUUUAUUCCACAAGAUGAAGAUGGAGAACGUGAGACCAAAUUAUGUUGCAUUUGUAGCUGCUUUGACUGCUUGUAGCCAUGGUGGAUUAGUGGAUGAAGCUCGGAUGCUAUUUAAUUGCAUGACUGAAGAUUAUGGCAUUUGUCCUGGUUUAGAGCACUAUGCAGCAGUUGCAGAUCUCCUUGGACGCGCCGGAAAGUUGGAGGAAGCGUAUGAGUUCAUCUCUAAAAUGCAUAUAAGACCAACUGGUUCUGUUUGGGCAACCCUGCUAUCUUCUUGUAGAGUCCACAAGAACAUUGAGCUGGCUGAAAGGGUUGGAGAAAAAGUAUUCCAGAUUGAUCCUGAGAAUAUCGGAGCUUAUAUACUUAUGUCAAACAUAUAUUCAUCUGCUGGGAGAUGGAAAGAGGCAGCAAAAAUGAGGGUGGCUAUGAAGGGCAGAGGGAUGACAAAGAAACCAGCUUGCACUUGGAUAGAAGUUAAGAAUAAGAUACACGCAUUUGUGGCAGGAGACAAAUCACAUCCAUAUUAUGAUAGAAUAAAUGAGGCUUUGAAAGUUAUGCUGGAGCGAAUGGAGCGUAAAGGGUAUGUGCUUAACACUGAUAACGUGCUCCAUGAUGUUGAAGAGGAACAGAAAAGAAACUUAUUAUGUAGUCAUAGUGAGAGGUUGGCAAUUGCUUUCGGAAUCAUUAGUACACCUUCUGGAACAACUAUUAGGGUUACGAAGAACCUUCGAGUAUGUGUGGAUUGUCACACGGCUACUAAGUUUAUAUCCGAAAUUGUUGGGAGAGAAAUAGUUAUGAGGGAUGUUAGCAGAUUUCACCAUUUCAAGGAUGGGAAGUGUUCUUGUGGAGAUUACUGGUGAAAGUUGUACAAGGUGAGAUUAUGUUGCAGAAUGAAACUAAAACCACCAGUCCUUGGUUGAUCAGACUCGAAUAGUGCAUGGAGAUAGCCGUUUCAGUUCUCCUGAAUUUCACAGUGCGGAGUAAACAAGUUUUUUGAUGGAUCGGUGCGUUCUUCAUCUUUUGGAAGGAAAACUUUCUUAAUUUUUAUCAGUAAACCUGCAGUUCCUGCGUAUUAUUCGAAGCCCAGGUGUUCAUACUGGAAAGGAAUCACAAUGCAAGUCCCUUUCACCUACAGCUGCUGCUCUUUCUCUAUUGAAUCAGAGUAAUGUAAAGCUAGAGUUAUGUAGCCUAGUGUGGUCAUCGAAAGUCUAUGGAAAGGGAUCCUGUUGUUCGGGUGAUAGAGAGGUGAAUGUACGAGUAGUUGUUAUGGACUUCAAUCACUUUAUCCAUGGACAGCAUGGGCGAACAAGCCCCGUACCAUGUCUUUCCUUUUUAUUGGUGCCUGAUUACUCAUAUGCAGUUAGGGUCAUAUUCAUAAAGCGGCCAAGGGGAUGAUUUUAACAAUACCCAUGAUCCGUAUACAUGGAAAUGCAUUAGAUCCCAAGAUUGGCUUUCACCGGGUCUAGAUGAAAUCAAGUGCAUUAUAUAUUGCUUUUGGACAGUUUCAACACCACCAAGUGCAUAACUUAUAGGAGUAAUUCUUUAUUACUGCAGAGGAUAAGGAUCACGCUGAAGGAGGUUCUUGUUGAGGUAGACAUGCAUAGGGUCCGCCAUUGUGCCGCCAGGAAAUUGAUGCUAUGUGCUUCAUUUGUUUCUUCCAGAGAUUAUAGCAUUUGCAAAUCAUAGUUAAUACAGGUAAGUAACACUUCCUUUGGUGUCUCUACUCACUGUAAAAUGGAAAUGUUUGAGUAAAUAUUAAGCUUUUCCUAGGUUUUGUGAAAAACUCGAGAUACCUUUUCUAUUUACAAAUGUUCUAGUGUGGUCCACAUGUUUAAUGUCUACAAAUAUUGAGUUGUUUAUUUGACGUUUUGCGUAGUGAGUUCAUUGAGCUGUUACUUUGA